AUGCCUCAGAAUUACCAGCACAUCCUGGCCUUGGUAUAUGCUGUAAAGGAGAUCAAUGAAAAUGCCCAACUCUUGCCCAAUGUCACCCUUGGAUUUCACAUCUAUGAUGGCUAUACGAAUUCAAGGAUGACCUAUCGUGCUGCUCUGCAGCUCAUUUCUCCAAGAAAUAGAUUUGUUCCAAACUACAAGUGUGGCAGCCAGAAAAAUAUCAUUGCAUUUCUUGAGGAUCUUUAUUCAGAUGUUUCCUAUCAAAUACCACAAGUCCUGGGCAUCUACAAGAUUCCACAGUUUCUGUAUGGCUCUGCCCCAGUGAUGAUGGAUAGCACACAAGUUCCUUCCUUCUACCAGAUGGUCCCAAACGAUACCCAUCAAUACAUGGGAAUUCUCCAAUUAGUACUUUAUUUCAAGUGGACAUGGAUUGGAUUCUUUGCUGCAGUUGGAGUGAAUCUGGAAUGGUUCAUACAGACGAUGCUUCCAGUCUUUUCCCAGCAGGGAAUCUGCUUUGCUUUCAUAGAAUCAUUUUCCAAUUUAGGUUACGAUUAUGCCAAUGGAGUCCUCAUGAAAUGGUGGAUCAAACUUUAUGCUAAAACCAUGGACAGCAACGCCAAUGCAUUGAUCUUCGAUGGAGAUAACCGUUACAUGGUCAUAUUGAGAAAGCUGGUAGUUCUGCCAGAGAUUAAAGAGACUCUUCCAAAACUCAAGGGUCAAGUGUGGAUUUUUACAUCCCCAAUAGAGUUAAAAUCAUUUGCCAAUGAACAACGUUGGGAUAUACAAGCCUUCCAUGGUGCAAUUGCAGUUGCAAUUCAUUCCAAAAAACUUCCUGGAUUUUGGCAAUUUGUUAAGAGCCGAAGUCCAUCUGGCACUAACGAAGAUGGUUUCAUCAAGGACUUCUGGGCAUAUGCAUUUGGGUGUGCUGUUCCAGAUACCAUUCUGGACAAUAGAAAUGGGGAUAACUGCACUGGAGAAGAGAUACUGGAGAACCUUCCUGAGCACAUUUUGGAAAAGACUGUGACUGGUCAUAGCUACAGCAUCUACAAUGCUGUUUAUGCUGUUGCACAUGCUCUACAUGCCAUGUCGUCAUCCCAGUCAAAAAUCAGAGCAAUGAUAAAGGAAGGCAGAAAGCAGUUUCAGAAUCAGCAGCUAUGGCAGCUACACCAUUUUUUGCGACGUGGCUCGUUCAACAACAGUGCCGGGGACCAGAUUUCAUUUGAUCAGAAUGGCGUAUUAGCAGCUGGAUUUGAUGUUGAAAACUGGGUCAUAUUUCCAAACCAAUCUUUUGUUAAAGUGAAAAUUGGAAGGCUGGAUCCCCACGCUCCUCUAAAUGAAGUGCUCACCAUUAAUAAGGAAGCUAUUGUAUGGCACAGCUGGUUUAAUCAGGUUCAACCUGUUUCUGUUUGCAAUGACAUCUGCUACUCUGGGUACAGGAAGAAAAAAAAGGAGGGGAAGCCAUUCUGCUGCUAUGAUUGCAUUCCAUGUCCAGAAGGGAAGAUCUCUGACAAAGAAGAUAUGGCUGACUGUUUUCAGUGCAUGGAGGAUCAUUAUCCAAACAUGGCUCAGAAUUUUUGCCUUCCCAAGGUGGUAAGCUUCCUGUCCUAUGAAGAGCCUUUGGGGAUUGGUUUAACUCUGCUGGCACUUUUCUUCGUUUUCGUCACAUUCCUGGUGCUAGGAAUAUUUCUAAGACACCAUAACACUCCUGUGGUCAAAGCAAACAACUGGACUCUCACCUAUACUCUUCUGAUAUCCCUCCUGCUCUGCUUCCUUUGUGUGUUGUUAUUCAUUGGCCAACCUGAGAAAGUAAAAUGUUUCCUACAACAAACCGCUCUUGGGGUUAUCUUCUCAAUGGCUGUUUCUUGUCUUUUGGCAAAAACCCUCACUGUGGUUGUGGCAUUCAUGGCUACCAAACCAGGAAGCAGGAUGGGGAAGUUGCUGGGGAAAAGAUUAACUAAUUUAAUGGCUCUUUUCUUAUCCCUUAUCCAAGCAGGCAUCUGUGCGGUGUGGCUGGCCACCUCUCCCCCAUUUCCAGAUGUGAACAUGCACUUGGAGACAAAAGAAAUUAUACUGGAAUGUAACCAAGGGUCUAUAUUUAUGUUUUACUGUGUCUUGGGCUAUAUGGGAUUCCUGGCCAUUGCCAACUUCACUGUGGCUUUCUUUGCCAGGAAGUUACCAAACAGUUUUAAUGAAGCAAAACUGAUCACUUUCAGCAUGUUGGUUUUUUGUAGUGUUUGGUUGUGCUUUGUUCCAAGCUACCUGAGCACCAAGGGGAAAUAUAUGGUGGCUGUGGAGAUCUUCUCUAUCUUAGCCUCAGGUUCUGGGCUGCUGGGUUGCAUCUUUGCUCCCAAAUGUUAUAUUAUUAUGAUGAGGCCAGAGCUGAACAGCAGGGAGCAGCUAAUAAGAACACAUUGA